AGACCAAAGCCCGUUCAUGAUUGGUCAGUGCGCGUCUGUAUGCUGUUGUUAUAUAGUGGUUUUAUAUAUCUAUCAUAUAUAACACCGGUUGAGUGAUUAGUCGCAAAAGUUUUAUUAAUUACACGAAAAAGAAAGUCGAGAACGAUAUUUUUCAUUUAAAAUGCCUGAAUUCGUUGAGACAAAAACUUCGGAAAUUAGGGAUCGUACCGUGAGUGAGAGCUCUGACACGGAUUUCGAUCCUCAGUUUAAGCCGAUUGUCACACUACCGGAAGUAGAAGUUUCCACAAACGAGGAAAACGAAGCUGUUCUAUUAAAAAUGCGAGCAAAGUUGUAUCGUUUUGACUCGACUAGUGAACCGUCGGAGUGGAAGGAAAGAGGCACCGGCGAGAUGAAAAUCUUACAGCAUAAAGAAAACAAUUCCGUACGGAUUGUUAUGCGUCGUGACAAAACGUUCAAAGUAUGCGCGAACCAUUUUAUAACUCCUUGGAUGGUGUUAAAACCAGCCGUAGGGAGCGAAAAAGCGUUCGUUUAUACCGUGGCUGCCGAUUUCGCUGAUGAGGAACCGAAAAGUGAAUGUCUUGCAAUAAAAUUUGCUAGUGUUGAAAAUGCUAAUUUAUUUAAGAAUAAGUUUGAAGAAGCUAAAGAAAUUCUUCUGGAAAAAUGUAGUUUGUAUAACGGGGAAUGUGAUGAAGACAGUGAGGAAUGUAAAGAGGUUGAAGAAUCAAGAGAAAUUACAGAAAAGUUGUCAGAGUUAGCUGUUAAUAAAGAAAGUGACGAAGUCAAGGAAACAUGAAGCGUCUCUGAGAAUCUCAAUUUUCUUCCACUUUUCACAGUUUGUAUUUUUUAUAUUCCAGAUGUUAGUUUUGUAUGAGCAUGACGCAGAAUUAUUUUAGUAAUAAAAAAGAAAAACAGAACCAAAUAA